ACUGGUCACACCGAAGGUGAAGGCUGCGAACAUAUAUUCUCAUCAUCGAAUGAGCUCGCACGGAGUACGCAACAUGCUAGUCCUUUCCAUCGGCAUCAGUCUAUUGAGAAACAUUUCAACUUCUGGGAUGCCAAUAAAUAUGCCGCCUUGAGUAAG